GAGUCGGUAGCACUGGUGGAGAUUUUUCACAAAAACAACACCAUCGCGUCAUCACAGUCCGAUUGCCGCUUUGUGAGCUCUCGCUACGAUGGCCAAUGCCCCACAGUGACCGCUUCGGAGGAUCAGGAAAUACGAACGCUAUCAGCCAACCCCAGGAAGGUGCUCGCCCACAUAGCCACCAUUCAAGUCCCAUGGAAUGUGCUAUUCCUCAAAGAUGUGCUCGAUCAUUUGAACACCUACACAUUGGCAUUGUCGAAAGAGUUGGGACGAGUGAUUUGCAUCACUGGAACAGCGUUCGACCGUAACUUUGACGGGAUAGCCGACGCUAACAAA